AUGACAAGCCAAAAGAAGUACUGCGACAAACGUUUGCCCUGCGGAAGUGAUGAUGAAAUCCAAGCGGCCUUCCGAGAAGAUGGGUUCGUCGUUGUUACCAAUGUUUUGACACCAAAUGAGGUGACAGCAAUCCUCGACGAGCUCUGGAUGUCCCCGAGACUCUUGGGUCGGCCCGGCAUUGAACGGGGAGAUCCAUCCACUUGGGGCAGUGGCGAAUGGCCCCAGCAACAAUCAGUGGGAGGUAGGAAUUUCGUGAAUUCGGCGGACGUCUUUCAAGAUGCUGCUUCCUGGGAUUUGACUUCACACGAGAAAUUGGUCCGUUUGCAAAAGAUGCUGUACGGGAGAGAAGACAUCAUGUCCGCAAACCUCGGAAGGUGGGGUGUGAUGCGACCAACCGUCGAUCAUCCCGAAUGGAAAACAGACGAGUCCUGGUUGCACUGGGAUCAGAAUCCGUGGACGGAACCGUCGUUCGUCAGGUUGCAAGCCAUUGUGUGUUUAACGGACAACACCGAGAAAUCGGGUGGUUUUGCGUGUGUGCCAGGGUUCCACCGGUCGUUCGAGCAAUGGGGCAAAGAACACCCAAUGGGCUCAGUGCUUGUGGGCGGAAGGAAGGCGGAUCGUACCUAUGGAGUAAACCAGCCAUUUGUCCUCCCAAAAGAUGAUCCUUGCCAACAGCGAGUGGUAAGGGUCUUGGCACCGGCCGGGUCCGUAGUGGUCUGGGACAGUCGUCUGCCCCACCAGAACUUCCCAAACACCGAUGAGCGAGCCAUGCGGGUUGUUCACUAUACGAUGAUGAAGCCAAGGGACGAGGAGUCGGCACGCGAGCAUCGAGAGUUGCUGGAGCAGAAAAUGGUGGUGAUGGAAGUCCUUGGCAUCACGGGCGAACGAUUUCCGGCUUUCUUGACUGAAACUGCAAGGGAAGUGCAUUGUCUCGGCACUGACAGCAUCGAUGCUGUUUGUGACCGCCUCCAUGUCGAUGAGUCUCUCCGGGAGGCGAUACCUUUGGUUUAUGAAGCUGGUGAAGCCGAGGAGAGGGGAGAAGUUCACGUGGCCAUUAAGAAACACCAAAAAGCACUGCGGUUGUAUCCGGAAAUAGAACACUGGUAUAGUGCCAUCUUGCGCUGA